UUGGACCUGGACUGUCGAGUACAUGGACUUUUACUGCGUCGGCCCGUCCGCGAAAGUUUUCUCAUGAUACCUGUCAUACGCAGGUUCCUCCCACCUCAGGCAAAGGAAUAAUUCCACGGCGCCCCCUAAUGGAGCAGCAAUUAUCAUGUGUAUAAGCCCCCCCGUUGCCUCUUGAGAUUGGACGAAUGGAAACACGUCUGGCGCUGGGAAAUACAGCAAAGCACAGCAGAGUUACUACAACACCCCUCGCGAGAAAACUGCCUUACUUGCCCUUGCCGGCGCUUCAGGAUUCGCUCCAACAACUCAAGCAUGUGGCGAUUGGCUCAAUAUGCGGUAAGCCAACUUUUGUCCCCUCAUCGUCUCUCACUGUGUAUAUAAUGCUUUGUCCCGACAUUUGUUGGCCAAAGUUCCUCUGUAAUCACCGCAACCAAGUCGUCAUUCACUUGGCAGACAUCGAUGCCAAAGAUGUCUUCCCACAAUAGUGCCACGCACAAACCUGAAAACACCCUUACCGCCUCUCUUCUCGAACAAGUACCCGAAGACCACGAGCACAGCAUGAAAUGCUUCCUCACCCACCCACAAAUAGCCACUGAGCGUCCGCCACUUGGCUUCAGGAAAAUCGAGAGUGAGGAGGAAGCGAAAGCUCGUGUGAAGGCUCAAGUGGACGCGGUUGUUGCAGUUCUUGGCCCAAGUAGCAAUCUUCCUCCUCCUCCUAAGCAGUGAUGCAGUGUUUUGUGAAACGAUGUCUACGCAUACGGGAAUUGCACUAGAUGAUCGUUUCAAUAGGCCAUGUAUGGGGAAGUUGAUGAGAUUCAAGGUGAAGCGCCAAGUCAAUGUUGUGUGGACAUGAGGUUUGAAGUGAUGCUAAGGGACGUUGAUUGACCGCAUGGAAUUUCGAGGGGAUAACGAGUUAGAUAACGUAAGCUCCAAUUACAAAGAAUGAAUGACAUCCCAC